ACUGUGAUUGUCAUUGUAUCGACGUCCUCCCGGUGUAAACAAACUUGUCUGCUAAUGCAGUUUAUAUUAUGAAAUUGGUUUUAUUUAAUUUCUUUUAAAUAAUUAAAAAAUGGUGAUCUUUUACUUUUGUCUAAUAAAUGUUGCUGUUUUUUAUACUGAAGCUCUAGGCUCUUUCAAAUCUUCAGAUAAAAGUAGUACUGCAUCAAAUACUAUUAGGGAUAGAAGCCAUUUUGAGCAUGCUUUUAAUAUCAAAAAUAUUCAAGAUGUCUAUGGUAAUGAUUUAACUAAGAACACUCUUGAGAAACUCAUUGAAGUAUACAUGAAUUCAAUUAAGCCUCUAGAAGUAGCCUAUAAUUUCAAUGAUUUAAAGCAUCAUGUGAUGAAUGAAGGUGAAAUAUUUUCUUUACCUAUGAUUUUACUUCUUGGACCUUGGAGUACUGGAAAAUCUACUCUGAUUAAUUACAUUUUGGGAAUUGAGAAUUCUUCAUUUUCAUUAGAUGCUGGGGCUCAGCCAACUACUUCUGAUUUUAUUAUGUUGAAUUAUAGUGAAGAACCAAAAACUGUUGAUGGAAAAAUUUUGGUUAUGGAGAAAAGUUUUUCAUCUUUAGAAAAAUACGGCCAACCUCUUCUUGAAAGAUUAAAAAGUUUGCAAAUCCCAAAUCAAAUUUUAAAAUUGGUGAAUUUUAUUGAUACACCAGGUGUUAUUGAAAACAAAAAGCAACAAGAAAGAGGUUAUCCAUUUAUUGAGAUUUGUCGAUGGUUUAUUGAUAGGUCAGAUCUAAUUUUCCUUGUGUUUGAUCCUUUCAAAAUGGAUAUUGGAGCUGAAUUAGAAGAAAUAUUCCUGCAAUUGAAAGGCUAUGAAGCAAAGGUUAGAAUAGUUUUAAAUAAAGCAGACACCAUUAACUCUCAAGAACUGCUCCGUGUUUAUGGAAGUCUAUUUUGGAAUCUUUCACCAUUGAUCAAUAUCACUGAGCCACCAAAAGUAUACGUUAGCUCAUUUUGGUCCAAACCAUUUCAGAGCAUGUCAAAAGAAUACCAAGACAUGUUUGUUCUUGAUGAAGAAUCUUUGCUUAGGGAUAUUAAUGAAGUAAUGGCCAACAGACUGCAGAACAAAAUUGCGUUUCUCCGAAGGCAUGCAAUAUUGGUAAGAAACCACGCUCUUAUGAUAGAUAAGUAUGUGGCAACUCUCUCUCAACAUAGAUCAUUUUUUCAAAGUUCUAAUGAUAUUGCUCAAUCUAUUGCUGAGCAUCCUGGUAGUUAUAAAAUACGUCAAAAAGUGCUAUCUUACAAAGAUGUUAGCGAGAAGGACUUGUUGGAUGAUUAUUAUUAUGAAUAUUUUUUUACCUUACAUUCUAUGGAUAGUUUUAUUUCAUUAUCAAAACAAUGUGGGUUUGUUUCCUCAUGUCUCCUAGAUGCUAUUGAGAAAGUUAUUUAUGAGGAACUGCCUGCCCUUGUUAAACAGGUUGAAGCAGUGCAUUCACUCUUUUUGUGCUAUGAGCAACAAAGCUGCAAAAGUGUGUAAUUUAACUGCUUAUUGUAAUAUUCAAAAAGCUGUGAAUAAAAUAGUGAGUAUCCAAAAAUUGACCGACAGUUUAAAAAAUCAGUUAAAGAAAAAUAGAUGGAGAUUUAUGGUUUGUUGUAUUCUGUAUAGAAAACUAGAUAUUUUUUCUAAGUUUCAAAAAUUAAUACCAAAAUUUAUCAACAGAUGUUACUGCUAAUUGCAAAAGCUGUAAAACAGAGUUUUUCCAAUAAUCUACUAUUUGCAAUAACAACUUGAUGCUGUCUAUGGUGUGAUCAAAUGUGUAAACAUUUAAGCUGCCCGAACAAAUUUUUCAAGUGGAAUAACCAGACAUGAAACAAAAAACAUUCUUCUAUAAUUUUUCCAGUUAGAAAUGCCAUCUGUUGACAAAAUCUAUUGCUAAAUUUUAAAGUUGGUGAAAAAAUUUUUUUUGGUGUUCGAAGCACAAUACAGCAAACUAUAUGUUCUGUUUUUGUUUAAUUAAUUUUGAAUAUAGUCAGUACAAGCAUAAGCUUGUAAAUGUUUAGUUUUUAUAUCUAUACUUUUUAGUUAAAAUUAAACAUUAAUUCUUUUGAUUUUUUUAAACCAAUUUCCAAGCUUAGAAUUGGAAUGGUUUCUUUUUUUUUAUGCGAGUUAAUAAUUAGGAAAUAGAUCUGGUGAAUAAAUAAUACAGAUCUUUCUUAUUGUUACGUUUAACCUAUAAAUAUUUUUCCAUUUUCUAGAUCUCUAUCACUGUCUAGGGUGAAAAAUCGUUUUGACUUUUCGUAAUUUUUUAAAUUAUUUCAUUGGUAAAUUAAUUAAAACUUAACAUUUAGAUGUAGCAUUUAUAUACAAAGAACUUUAAUUGAUAAUACUGCCUGGAUAGAACGUUAUUGAUUCACUUGCUUUUUGAAUGCUUCAAAGAAUUUAAAAUCACUUUAAUUCUCUUGUUAAUCAAUUUUUAACAAAAAACACCUUUAAAGGUAAGCAUUGAAUUGUGCUGAGCAUAAUCACUGUAAAUUGCUAUUAAAUAUGCUGGUAGAACUAUAGCUUUAUCUUCACUAGAAAUCUUAUUACUGGAAGAUAUAUGAAUCAUCUUAAAAACAAAUAUUAUUACUCACUUAUUACAAUGUUUUACAGUAAUCUAAACAUAAAUAAAUAUUUGUUAUUCUAUUUAUUAUUUUGAUUUUCUUAAAAAUAAAAGCAUUAAUUUAUAUAAACAAUAAUGCAAGGUUAUUAACAAUAAUGCUGAAAGUCAUGAAAUAUAAUUUUUUUAACCUCACACCGAUUAGUCACAAGACUGGUUGCUCAGACUGGUUGGCUAUUAAUGCUUUUUAAAAAUCAUAAUUGGACGAUCGAGUUCAGCACAAAACGUGACUAAAAGAUAUUUGAGUAUGACUCAGAGAUGAGGUGCCAAAGUGCGAGUUGCACACUUGGUGCUUCCAAAACUGAAGAAGGUGUGGGCGAGCAACUCCAAAAUGGAAACAAUGUAUAUUGUCUUUUUCAAUGUAAUAGAUCUACAAUGGUGUGGUUAAAAGAGUUUUUAUUUCAAAAAAGGACCAUCUGCGCCGCGAUGGCUCAGGGGAAAAACGUUGGCCUUCCGAUGAGUCGAAC